GCAAGGAAAGCCUCUUGUUUACUUAGUUGACUUCAGUCAAAGAAAGUAGAAACGCGGAUCCACGAAAGUAAGAUCUGUUAACACUUUCCUUUUGUUUUUCCCUUCAUGAGAUCACAAGUCAUGACCAUAUAGCAAGAGAGACAAAAUACAACACCAUUUCUUUCUCUAUUAACUCAAUUCCCACACCACUCAUAACUGAUUUACCGUAACUUAACAUACACAUCAUGCCACUUUCCGGUGCUUCUUCUUCUUAUUCUCAAGCAUCUGUCACUCAUCAAUACGAUGUCUUUAUCAGCUUCAGAGGUGAGGACACGCGUAACGGCUUCACCAGCCAUCUUCAUUCUGCUCUCCGCAGAAAUCAGAUCGAGACGUUCAUAGAUUACAGAAUCCAGAAAGGAGGGGCCAUCUGGAACGAACUUGUUGAGGCCAUCAGAGACUCAAACUUGUUUCUUGUUAUCUUCUCUGAAAACUAUGCUUCCUCAAAGUGGUGCUUGAGAGAGCUGGUGGAGAUCAUGGAAUGCAAGAAGGAGAAUGAAAAUGUGAUUGUGAUUCCAGUGUUCUACAGAAUACAACCCACACAUGUUCGCAAGCAGACCGGAACUUACCACACAGCAUUCGCUGAGCACCAGAAAUCUUUGGAGCGUAGCGUUGUGCAGCAAUGGAGGACUGCACUCUUUGAAGCUUCCAAUCUUUCUGGCUUCCAUUGCGAUCAUCACAGCUCAUCUGUCAUCUUCUCUCAUUAAAUUUAAUCGAAGAGGCCUAUAUAGCAUUUAGCAUUGCUGAUGUGGACGCUGGAUCUCCGUUAAGUGUCAUGCUAGCGAAUGGACAAUGGUCAAUAGUCGAUUUGUCUCCUUAUGAGAAAUAGUCAGGGGUUGAUUUGUUCCCCUAUGGUAAUGGUUAGGAGUCGAUUUAUUCCUCUUUAUUCACGAAAAACGACGUCAUUUUAAGUGCUGCAUUGAACCAAAACCUAUGCUAUUUGGGAUGAUUAUUCAUCUCAGCAAAAACCUCUCAUUCCUCUUUCAAAUCAAAUACGAAUUGUAAGACACUAAGAAAUUUGCCAAAAGCGGUUGGAUUUAUUAACGGAAUUACCAAAAAAUUUGCUGGUAAAUUUAUUAUCGUUGGAUUUAGUGGCGGACAAAUUUAAAUGGUAAAAUCUUCACCUAAUUACUGCAGACUUAAACCUCUAAUUAGCAAAUUUUUUGAGGUCGUCACCGUCUUUUCGAUAGUAAUUUUGGCCUCAUAAAUUUGUUUUUUCACGCGUUCCUCAUCGUUAGAUUUAUCUCCCGCUAAAUCCAACAGAAAUAUAUUAUUCAUCAAUAAUUAUAUUAAUUAAUACUGGCCCGACGGUAAAUCUUGAAGGUCAUGGUCAUGUGGUGGAUAAUAAAGUGAAAGAGUUAGAGAAAAGGUUAAUUGGAUGAGAGAAUAAGUUGAAGAAGUAUAGAAUGAAAAUCAGUGAAAGCAAAUGUGCCUUAAUUUUAAAUGUAGUGUUUUUGCAUUUUUUUUGUAGGGUUGUGACUUCAACAUUCAUUUUCCAACUUUAAAGAAAGUAUAGAUGGAUAAUAAAGAAACAAUUUAUCUUUGACAAGUUAACACCUAAUGCUAGCAUAAUAUGGAUAGCAACAUCGUUCUAAGACCAAAAAAUAAAUAAAUAAAUUAGAACAUUUGUCCCAAAAUCUAAAGUAUUAUAUCACCGAGAGGUUUUAAAUAAGUAAAGUAAACAGCUGAAAAACAAAAUAUAUGUCCUUAAGACAUGUAGCUAAUAUCCAUACUAGCAACGUCUUAGUUAUCCAAUAUCAAUUCUUUUUAUAGAUUUUGGUUUAGUGGAGCAUGUGAAAUAGCAUUGUUUUAAUGAAUAAAAGAAGAUAAAUUGACUUUUGACUAUUCUCUAUAUAUAAAGAGACAAAUCAAUGGCUAACCAUUAUUCAUAGGGAGUCAAAUUAACCCAUGACCAUUAUUCAUUAGUCAAUAUGGUACUUAAUGAAAACUCAACAUUUACAUCAGCAAUGUUAAGUGUCACGUAAGUCCUUUUCAUUAAAUUUGGUGAGAGAAAAUGACGGAAUGACCGUCAUGUCUCACGAUAGAUAGAAACAAGAUCGAAA